AUGACUGACCAUAAAACUAAAAAUAAAAAGAUUAAGAUUGAUUUUAUAGUCAAUAAAACUAAACGGAGGUUGACUUAUAAUACACGUAGAGUUGGCUUGAUGAAGAAAAGUUAUGAAUUGUCAUUGAUCACUGGUGUCAAUAUCCUGUUACUAAUUUCAUCGAUCAAUGAUGACUAUGUCUAUUUUUUUUCAUCUCCAAAGUUACGUAACUUUGUCAACUGUAAUGAAGGUCAAAAAUUAAUUCGGAAAUGUUUACAAGAAGAAAGCCCUAAAGCUAUAGAAACAAAAAAGCAUCAUCUCGAGAUGUGUAGAUUUUGCAACUGGAGAUUUAAGAUUCGAAAUCAUUAA